AACAACAGUACUUUGAAGUAGAAAAACGUCUGGCUCAAAGUCAGGAGAGACUUGUAAAUGAGACACAAGAAUGUCAAACUCUCCGUGAGGAGCUUACAAAACUUCACGAACAGUUGAAGUCACUGAAUGAGAAAAAUAAAGAACUUGAAGCUGCUCAGGAUCGUAAUGCAGCCAUUCAGAGCCAUUUAAAUAGAGAAAAAGAAGAACUGGAAGCUGAAAAGAGAGAUUUGGUUCGAACAAGUGAAAGACGAUCUCAGGAAGUUGAACAUUUAAACGAGGAUGUUAAACGCUUAAAUGAAAAGCUUACAGAAGCAAACACAGAAAAGGUGAAACUUCAGUUAAAGUUGGAUGAACUUCAAACAUCAGAUGUUUCCAUGAAGUACCGUGAGAAAAGGUUGGAGCAAGAAAAAGAACUACUACAGAAUCAAAACACGUGGCUGAAUGCUGAGUUGAAAGCCAAAACAGAUGAACUUCUACAUACUGCCAGGGAGAAAGGCAAUGAAAUCUUGGAGCUUAAAUGUAAUCUGGAGAACAAGAAGGAGGAGGUUUCCAGAAUGGAGGAACAGGUAAACAGCUUAAAACAGUCAAAUGAAAAUCUUCAGAAGCAUGUGGAAGACCUUUUGAAUAAACUGAAGGAGGCAAAAGAACAGCAAGCUAGUAUGGAGGAAAGAUUCCACAAUGAACUGAAUGCCCACAUAAAAUUAUCCAAUUUGUAUAAGAGUGCUGCCGAUGACUCGGAGGCAAAGAGCAAUGAACUGACAGGAGCAGUAGAAGAGCUGCACAAACUCCUGAAGGAAGCAGGUGAAGCUAAUAAAGCAACUCAGGAACAUUUGACUGAGGUGGAAGAGUCAAAAGCUGUAAUGGAAAAAGAACUGAGAGAGAAGAUCAGUAAACUGGAAAAGGAGCUGGAGAAUGCUAAUGAUCUACUGUCCGCUACGAAGCGCAAAGGAGCCAUAUUGUCUGAGGAGGAACUGGCAGCUAUGUCUCCCACUGCUGCAGCAGUGGCUAAAGUAGUCAAGCCUGGAAUGAAAUUAACUGAGCUGUACAAUGCAUAUGUAGAAACUCAGGAUCAGUUGCUUUUGGAAAAGCUGGAGAAUAAGAGAAUCAAUAAAUAUUUGGAUGAAAUAGUGCAGGAAGUAGAAGCCAAAGCACCGAUCUUAAAACGUCAGCGUGAAGAAUUUGAGCGUUCCCAAAAAGCUGUUGCUAGCCUGUCUGCAAAGCUUGAACAAGCUAUGAAGGAAAUCCAGCGAUUGCAGGAGGAUGCCGAUAAAGCCAAUAAGCAUGCCUCUUUGCUUGAAAGAGAAAACCAGAGACUGGAAAUACAAGUAAAAGAUCUCUCGCAGCAGAUUCGUGUGCUUUUAAUGGAACUUGAAGAAGCCAGAGGCAAUCAUGUGAUUCGUGACGAAGAAGUGAGCUCUGCUGACAUCAGUAGCUCUUCUGAAGUGAUAUCUCAACAUCUAGUCUCUUAUAGAAAUAUUGAAGAACUUCAGCAGCAGAAUCAGCGUCUCUUGGUGGCUCUUCGGGAGCUGGGAGAGGCUAGAGAAAAAGAGGAGCAAGAAACAACAUCAUCUAAAAUUUCUGAGCUUCAGAGUCAGCUUGAGGAAGCUCUCAAUGAGCUUGAAAAACUGCGUGAAUCACGUCAUCAUCAGUUGCAGCUUGUUGAGUCUAUAGUUCGUCAGCGUGAUAUGUUCCGUAUAUUGUUGGCACAGACCACGGGAGCUAUCAUUCCUUUGCAAGCUUCGGGUAUAUUAUCAGAGGAGAUUUCUCUUACAUCAACUCCAAAGCGCCCAAAUUUACCUCAAGCCAUGUCAACUCCUGCUCCAGUGUCAAUGACUGAAUCGGUGGAGACUGUGGAGGCUAAGGCUGCACUUAAGCAGUUGCAGGAAGUUUUUGAGAACUAUAAAAAAGAAAAGGCAGAGAAUGACAAGUUGUUGAAUGAACAAAAUGAAAAGCUUCAGGAGCAGGUCACAGACUUGAGGUCACAAAACGCAAAGAUAUCCACACAGCUGGAGUUUGCCUCCAAACGUUAUGAAAUGCUGCAGGAUAACGUUGAAGGCUAUCGUCGAGAAAUAACAUCUCUGCAUGAAAGAACCCAGAAACUCACAGCAACAACUCAGAAGCAAGAGCAGAUAAUUAAUACUAUGACUCAAGACCUGAGGGGAGCUAAUGAAAAACUGGCAGUGGCAGAGGUGAGAGCAGAAAACUUAAAAAAAGAGAAGGAUAUCUUGAAGAUGUCAGAUGUGCGUUUGACUCAGCAACGUGAGUCUUUAUUAGUUGAACAAAGAGGACAGAACUUGCUGCUUACUAAUUUGCGAACUAUUCAGGGAAUACUGGAGAGGUCUGAGACAGAAACAAAACAAAGACUCAAUAAUCAGAUAGAAAAGCUAGAGCGUGAGAUAUCUCAGCUGAAGAAGAAACUAGAAAGUGAGGUGGAACAAAGACAUUCCCUUACCAAAAAUCAAGAGGUUCAUAUCCUGGAUCUUAAGAGGCAACUGGAGACUGAGUCAAACCGUCACAUUAACACAAAGGAACUUUUAAAGAAUACCCAGAAAGAAACUGCAAUGUUGAAACAGCAGCUUAACAAUACAGAGGCUCAGUUAGCAUCUCAGUCAUCACAGAAGGCUCCAGGGAAAGGUCAGCCUAGUACAAAUGAAGAUGUGGAUGAUCUUGUAAGUCGACUAAGACAAGCUGACGAACAAGUUAAUGACCUGAGAGAAAGACUUAAGACUAGUUCUAGUAAUGUGGAACAGUACAGGGCUAUGGUUCUUAGUCUAGAGGAAUCCCUUAAUAAGGAAAAACAAGUGACAGAGGAAGUUCGUGCAACAGUUGAAGCUCGUCUGAAGGAGUCUUCAGAGUAUCAAGCACAGCUAGAAAAGAAGCUGAUGGAGUCAGAGAAAGAAAAGCAAGAACUGCAGGAGGAGAAGCGUAAAGCUGUGGAGAAUAUGGAACAACAGCUAUCAGACCUAAAGAAGAGUUUGUCAGCCGUGCAAUCAGAAGUUCAGGAAGCCCUUCAGAGAGCCAGCACAGCUCUAAAUAAUGAACAACAAGCCAGACGUGACUGCCAGGAACAAGCAAAGAUGGCUUCUGAAGCUCAAAAUAAGUAUGAACGGGAAUUAAUGCUUCAUGCUGCCGAUGUUGAAGCGUUACAGGCUAUUAAAGACCAAGUUGCCAAGAACACGGCGGUAAGGCAGCAGCUAGAGGAAACUGCUCAGAAAGCUGAGUCUGAAUUGUUAGAGUGCAAAGCCUCCUGGGAAGAGAGAGAGAGAAUGAUCAAGGAUGAAGCUUCAAAACUUGCAUCCCGCUGUGAAGAUUUGGAAAAACAAAAUCGAUUAUUACAUGAACAGCUGGAAAGUCUGAGUGAUAAGAUGGUGACUUCUAUGAAGGAAGCUAUGCCAACUGCAGUGAAUGUUUCUCUCAAUGAGGAAGGCAAAUCCCAGGAACAAAUCUUAGAAAUUCUUAGAUUUAUACGUCGAGAAAAGGAGAUUGCAGAAACUAGAUUUGAGGUGGCCCAGGUGGAAAGUUUGCGUUAUCGUCAGAGAGUGGAACACCUGGAAAGGGAACUCCAGGAACUGCAGGACAGUCUCAAUGCUGAGAGAGAGAAGGUGCAGGUAACAGCAAAAACCAUUGCACAGCAUGAAGAAUUAAUGAAAAAAACUGAGACCAUGAAUGUACUGAUAGAAACCAACAAGAUGCUAAGAGAAGAGAAGGAGAGGCUAGAACAAGAGCUACAACAAAUUCAAGCAAAGGUACGCAAGCUUGAGGCAGACAUUCUACCUCUACAAGAGUCUAAUGCUGAACUGAGUGAGAAAAGUGGAAUGUUGCAGGCGGAGAAAAAGCUGUUGGAAGAAGAUGUUAAACGCUGGAAAACCCGGACUCAGCAUUUAUUGAGUCAACAGAAGGACACCGAUCUUGAAGAGUAUCGGAAGCUGCUUUCAGAGAAGGAGGCAAACACCAAGCGUAUACAGCAAAUGAGUGAAGAAACAGGCAGGCUUAAAGCAGAAAUAGCAAGAACUAAUGCAUCCUUGACAACAAGCCAGAAUCUUGUUCAGAGCCUGAAGGAUGAAGUAACUAAAAUAAGAACGGAAAAGGAUACUUUGCAGAAAGAACUAGAUGCUAAAGUGGCCGACAUACAAGAAAAAGUGAAAACUAUAACACAGGUCAAGAAAAUUGGGCGCAGGUACAAGACUCAGUAUGAGGAGCUGAAAGCACAACAUGAUAAGAUGGUUGCCGAAGCAUCGACUCAGUCUUUUGUAGAACAACAAGAAGAACAAGUUUCUGUCCAGGAAGUACAAGAGCUGAAAGACACUCUCAGUCAAGCUGAAGUGAAGACAAAGGCUUUGGAGACUCAGGUUGAAAGUUUACAGAAGACUAUAGCAGAAAAGGAAACCGAAGUUAGAAAUCUUCAGGAGCAGAUAACACAGCUACAGUCAGAAGUUGCUCGCUUUCAUCAAGAUCUGCAAGAGAAGACUACACAGGAAGAACAGCUCAGGCAACAGAUCACUGAGAAGGAAGAGAAGACUAGGAAGACAUUGCUUGCGGCCAAGCAGAAAAUUGCACAGUUAGCUGGUACGAAAGAACAGCUAACAAAAGAAAAUGAGGAGUGGAAGCAAAAGAGCAGCUCAUUAGAAGAGCAGAAGACUGAAUUGGAGGUGCGGAUGAGUGCACUCAAAUCACAGUAUGAAGGUCGAAUCUGCCGUCUGGAAAGAGAGCUUAGAGAGCAGCAAGAGCGACACCACGAACAGCGAGAUGAGCCGCCAGAGUCUACAAACAAGGUCCCAGAACAGCAGAGGCAAAUCUCACUCAAGUCUACUCCAGCUUCAGGUGAAAGAGGAAUUGCUAGCACUUCAGAUCCACCAACAGCAAAUAUUAAACCAACUCCUGUUGUGUCAACUCCAAGUAAAGUGACUGCUGCUGCAAUAGCUGGAAAUAAGUCUACUCCAAGAGCCAGUAUCCGUCCAAUGGUUACUCCUGCUACAGUCACUAAUCCUACCACUACUCCAACAGCCACAGUUAUGCCUACAACACAGGUGGAGACUCAGGAAGCGAUGCAAUCAGAAGGACCUGUGGAGCAUGUUCCAGUCUUUGGAAGCACUAGUGGGUCUGUGCGUUCCACCAGUCCUAAUGUUCAGACAUCUCUCUCUCAGCCCAUCUUGACUGUUCAGCAGCAGACACAAGCGACUGCUUUUGUGCAGCCCACUCAGCAAAGUCAUCCUCAGAUUGAGCCUGCUAAUCAGGAGCCAUCCCCUACCAUUGUAGAAGUUGUACAGAGCUCUCAAAUAGAGAGGCCCUCCACUUCUACAGCAGUGUUUGGCACAGUUUCAGCUACCCCAAGUUCUUCACUGUCUAAACGUCCACGAGAGGAAGAGGAGGAUAACACUGUGGAAAACUCAGACCAAAUUUCAGAGGAAACGGUGGAUGUACCUCUUCCAAAGAAACUGAGAAGCAUACAGAGAGUUGGACCUGAGGAGGAAGUGACAGCAGAAGAGAGCACAGAUGGUGAGGUAGAAGCUCAAACAUACAAUCAAGACUCACAAGACUCAAUUGGAGAAGGUGUUACACAGGGGGAAUACACUCCCAUGGAGGAUAGUGAAGAAACUUCUCAGUCCAUCCCAAUAGAUCUUGGACCUCUUCAGUCAGAACAGCAAAAUACUUCUUCAUCUCAGGAUGGUCAGUCUAAGAGAGACGACGUCAUUGUAAUUGAUAGUGAUGAUGAAGAUGAUGAUGAUGAAGAAAAUGAAGGCGAGCAGGAA